AUGCACUGCACGUGCUCGUCAAUAGCAGUAGCUGCUGCUGCUGCCGCCGCCGCUGAAUCUGCGGCGGGACAGUCAUCAGCGUCAGCAGCAGCAGCACCGCAAGCAGGAGCGACAUCGGCAACACGCGGAGUCGCGGCUAAACCAGCAGCCGAGGCGUCCACAAGAGAGAAGGCAACGAAGGAGCAUGUGGGAUUUGAUGCGGUAACUCCAGAAGAGGCAGUUGCGGCAUACCUGUCUCCAAGUGAGCCGGCGUCGAGCGUUCGCUCCCUCUGCUCGCCUGAUGUUGCUGCCGCUGGUUCUUCCACGGUGGUAGGAUCAGCGGCCACCAGCCAAGUGCAGGAAGCUGCGCUUACUGCGCUUCUGCUGCACCUGCAUAGGGGACAUGUGUCUUUUCUGGAAGUUCUGAAGUGCAUCGAGAGGUGCAGCAGCGCGCCAGGCACGACAGCAACAGACGCAACAGCGGCAGCCGAAGCGGCAGCAGUCGCAACUCCAAAGGACUGCUCUGCUUACGUUAAGGCUGCGCACACCCGAAAUGCCGCAGCAACACUGCCUGCGCAGAUUCUACAGCGCAUGCCAGAGUUGCCACUUAAGGCAAGCAGCAGUGCAUGCACAGCCACCAAGGCCGCUACCCAUAGUGCCCCGAGCAGCGGCGGCAUGGGUGGAAGCGGCGGGGGGAGACUCGCUGAAGAGGAUGCUGCAGCUGCUGCUGCUGCUGCUGCAAAACAGCAGCAGCAGCAGCAGCCGGAGCGGCAGAGCACACCUCCUGCCGCCACAAGUUCAUUUACGGCAAGCACUUCGGUGGCUGGCACUGCGAUGCAGUCAGUGCGACAAGCUGCGGCAGGCAGUCCCGCAGGUAAGCGAUGUAAUCUUAGCAGGACGAUUUUUGCAUAG